GGGAGUAUUAGUUUGUUACAACAGUCUUCAUACUUUCAUAAUGGAUUGUUCUUCAAUCUGCAUAAUGGUUUCUUAAUUAAUGCACGCCCGAAGCGCGUGAUUGAAGAUGUGCGUCAUGGCGCCAAAUAGAACACACCCUUAAAACACUCUUUGCCUUCCAAUCUGUAUCUUCCCGCGAUUUCAAUUUGUUUUAAUUUUUUCCCAGGAAAUCCUCAUUCUCUUUUCUCCUUUCGAUCAACCGUACGUCGAAUUCGACAUUUCCUUCGUUUUCUCUCAAUCCCCAGACGCCGGAAAACCAUACGAGAGUAACAAUUAUGUAACUCUAACCGCAUCCGUCUUUACGGCAAUUAAAUUGUGGCAUUUGGGCAAUUGAGAAAAACUUUAUGCUAAUUCCAAGGUUCUGCGAGGCAGACAAUGGUUGCCGGAGCUGCUUCCGGCAAAACCAACCAAAGGCGAUAUCUUCUGAGUGCAGGGAAUGGUGCAAUCUAAAUGGCUAUCUAAAGGAUAACUCCUUUCUGUAUUUAUCAAACAGAAAUGGACCAUGGAGGUGAAGUUAAUUCUUCAAAACCUCCCCUCUCACCACUACAAUCGUCAUUGUCAUCGUCGUCGUCGUCAACAUCAAGAAGUUCUCACGGUUUCUCUCAAACAAAUCCAGAAGAAACACAGGCAACUUUUUCAUUUGAUAAAGCUCUGAAUGACAUCAAUGAAAGGCAUAGAAACUAUUCCAUACCGGGAAAAGCACUGUUUGCAUCUUCAAAUUCUACUUCAGAGGUUUCAGAUGAAUCUAUACUGCAGAAAUGGGCCCCAAUGCAGUCUCCUCCAGUUCAGGUCAUGGAAAAUCCUGCAGAUUUAAACGAUUCCAAUACAGUUUCUUUAUCAAAUUUAACAAGCGACCCCUCAACUCCAGACUCUUCUUUCUCAUUUGAACCUUGGAGUGAAUGUAAAAAAUUGGAUACAUCUAUCAGUUCUGCCUCAAAGGAUUCAGAACAUUCGGCAACCAUGGAAAAUCCAGCUGGAGGCUUUGAUACCCAUCAUGGACCGCCCUCUUCAAUUUUCAGGAGCAAGUCAUCUACACCCACAGAUUGGAGUACUGCUUCCAAUGAAUCAUUGUUUAGUAUCCAAAUUGGGAACCAUAGCUUUUCUGGAGAUAUAUUUUUCAGGUCUGGGGAACUUGACACAUAUGGAGUAGAACAUGUGAGAUAUGGGCAUAUGUGCCCCUUGACUUCAGUAGGUGGAGAUGAUAACAAUGGUGGCCCACAAAAGGGUGUUCACAAUGUAGUACCUCUAGGACCAGGUGCAAAUGGUCAUACUUCUAGCAGUUUUGUUGCUCAUCCAGUAGAAAAGAAGCCUGAACCAACAAGGUGCCAAUACUGCUGUGCUGGUUGGACAUGUGACCAUUGCCACUGCUUAAGGAAAAGACAUAGCACUAUUUGCUCAGGCUGCUCAUGUGCAUGCUUAAGUUGUUGGCGUUGCUUUUGUAAACGGUUGAGCUGGUUAUGUUUCCCAUGUAAAUGGUUGAGCCGAUUAUCUUUCUCUUGUAAAUGGUUGAGCCGGUUAUCUUUCUCUUGUCAUUGUCUACGUUGCCACUGCUGUAAACUGCCAAGAUGCCCACGCGACUGCGGCUGCGGAUGGCCCUUCUCCGGCUGCCACUGCUGCUGUGGAUGGCCCUUCUCAGCCUGCCACUGCUGCAAACUACCAAAGUGUCACUGCUGUUUAAGUUGCCACUGCUGUAAACAACCAAAGUCUUGUUGUUGCUGCAAUGAAUUGCCCUGCUUAAAUUGUUACUGCUGCGAGUCAAUCAAAUGUUCUUGCCUCUCCUUGAAGUGCCCUAUCUGGAGAAGCUGUCUUUGCCACGGCUCUCGCCUUCUCCAUCUUUGAUAAUUGUGUGUCUCUCGCCUUCUCCUCAUGGGCAGCUGUGGUGAUGAUCAUGGUACUUUGAGAAUCUCAUGAAGCAUUGUCUUAUGUAGGUUUUCAGUGUGACAAAAGAUGGGAGCUUGAAGAGGACUUCACUUUUCACUAACUUAGGGGGUUUUCUUGUCAUUCUUAUAUACAUAAUAAUUACAUAGGAGUAUAUAUGUAAUAUUUUCCAAAGAGGAGUUUGCUUAGAGUUGUUCACUUUAUUUUGGCAACUAUUUUGUAAUUAAACAUUUACAUUUUCAUUUUGCCCUUUUCUUUUGCCACGUUUGAACCU